AUGCGUACGAAGCAGUACAUACAAGCCACUGCUGUUCCAUCAAUAAAUCAUCAUAUCUCUCCAUCACCAGUUCGAACACCUCCAAAUCUGCCCGGUCCAGGGGCCGAGAGUAUGAAUUCUCGACGAAGACGUUCUAAAACAAAAGGCCGUUCAUUCCUUGCAACCGUUUUUAAUGGAAAUGUGGAAGAGGUGGCAAGAGAGAUGAGCGCACGAAACGUGAAGUUGUGUCAUCCUAUGACCGGAUGUACGGCGCUACAUCUGGCUGUUUUGGUCGAUAAGCCCGCAAUUCUUUCACUUCUUCUCAAAGUUCAGAACAUCGCUUUAAAUGUGAAGGAUAAUGAGGGCCGUACACCACUACAUUACGCAGCCGCAAGAUGUGAUCUCGAUGGCGAUCCGACAAUGUUUUAUAUGCUCACAGAGAGCGGAGCACGGGAUGACAUCCCAGAUCAUGAGGGUUUCACACCACUGGACAUUCGCCACGAUCCUUCACUUAUCGAUAUCGAACGAGUUCGUUGUCAAAACAAAUACCCAUACACCAUGUCGAACGAAUGGGAGCAUCUUUUUUCCUCGUUGUCCGAAUCAGUAUUGACUCAAAUGAUCAUACAGGGAGAGUUGGAUCUCUCCGCCGUUCCGACUAUGCCACAAUACGAGGAGAUCAUUGGCAGACUCGCUCAAGUACAGGCAAAAAUUCUGGGCAUUUGGGAUGCAAUUAUGGCUGAAGACGAGCGUACGCUAAAACAGCUACUAUUCCGGAAAGAUAUGGCUUUAUGUAGAGAUUCUGAAGGGCGAACACCUCUUCAUUUAGCCUAUAGGCGAGGUCACCAGGGAUGUAUUGACUACCUCUCAAAUUUGUGUCCAGAGGCUGAAACGGUUCAAGACAAGAAAGGCCGUGUCCCGAAAGAUUACGUAAACGGUGUGCCGCCGUUGACAACCAAGCAGCUAAGUGACCGAAGGGGCUCAAGAACUCGAGUUCUUCAUCAGUCCAGGUUUCAACACGCGCAUUCCGAUUCGAAACUAAUGAAGGAUAAACCACCACGAGUGUCGAUGUCGACGAAUAUCGACGAUGAAGUAUCCAGACGCAUCCUCAACAUUGAUUUCAGUCUAGCUGAAUUUGACAUACUGGAGCAGAUCCAAAUGGAGGGAAAGGCGGAUCAAAUUUGGGCUACAGUACGACGGAAUCCGUCCAAUGACGCCUUGGCUAGACACGUUGGAGAUUUCAAGAAUUUGCAGCAACGCUUAAGUUCGGCAAUGGAUGCGGUGGAAAAGAAUAAUAUGAGACGUCUUCAGCAAGUAAUCGACGACGAUGUGGUAAAGGCAAGAGAUCCUAGAGGAAUGCGCUUAUUACACGUUGCCGUCCUUAAAGAACGACAUGAAAUGGUAGAAUUCAUAGCGAUGGAUUUCCCGCAUGCGAUCAAUCUUCCUGAUCAGGCUGGCCGCUCUGCUAUUCACUAUGCUGCCGCACAGCCGAAUGCCAUCUACGAUACGCUUAUCGAUUUGGGAGCUGAUCCACGAUUGACUGACAUAGAAGGCUACACAGCCGAGGCGUUCCGACGAUCUCCGGAUCGGUUACGUCGUCCUGCAUCGGCGGAUUCGAGUUUAAUGCUAAGAUCGAUGUCGACUGACGACGAAUUCUAUGAUCCAGGCGAGUGUCAUCGCAGUGCUGUCAAUUCAAAUGUUCAAAUGUUCGGUUUGUUCGAAGAGAUGUGCUCAAACUGUGAGAGUGGCUCAGCAGGAGGGAGGAGGAACCGAGAUGCUCCUACUGAGCACGUUAUCGAUGAUUGGCUGAACUCUGGAGAUGUGGCGAAAUUGGAACAACUGGUACUUGAUGGUCGAGGACAUAUGCUGAAAGAGAAAACCUCAACGAAUCCACCAAGCAAGGAAUUCCUACGAGGUCUUACCGUCUAUCAGUCCAAAAUUGAUGCGAUCCAUAAGGCUGUAGAAGAUGGUGAUGUCCGGCGAGUGAAGUCUCUUAUCGAUCGACAGCAGCUCGCGCUGGCAAGAGACAGCUAUGGUAUGACCCCACUUCACAAGGCACUGCUUCACGGGCAGACUAACACUGUUCGACAUUUGCUGGCGAAAUAUCCUCAAUGCGUCAACGCCACUGAUCAUGCCGGCCGAACUCCGCUCCAUUACGCAGCCGCUGAUCCGAACGGUGAGCACAUGAUUAAGGUGUUGCAAAAAGCGGGCGGAGACGCAUUUAUUGAUGAUAAACACGGUCACACUCCAUUCUACUAUCGUACACAUGGGCAGCGGUUGAACGUGCGCAGUAUGAAGGAUAAUGCAGUGAUGAACCAGCUGAUGUCCGGGCAGCUGAGCAGGACACUUUUGCAGGCAUAUUCACUGCCUCAGUACCCUGCACACUGGGCCCUGCCGUCUCAGACGUCGGACGGUAUGGCGACCGGUGAGAGGCGAUCAAAUCUCAGGUUGCUCAGGACGUCAUUGAUUCUGGACCAAGGCGACACACGCACGACUCGCCAUGGAGACUGUCUCAGACUGUGUACUUACAACGCGAGAACAGUUUCCACAGACGCUGACCUGCAUGCCCUUCUCGGAGCUGCAGAGCGUAUCAAAUUUCACGUGAUUGCUCUGCAGGAGACCAAGUGCAGAAGGAGCGACGUACGACAGAUGAAUGACGGUACACUCGUCAUUCGUGGAGAGAAGGUUCCGUCGCGAAAUGUAGGCGGUGUUGGUUUUGUUGUGCACCCAUCUGUCGUCCAUCUCGUCGAUUCUCACGAGAUCCUGUCGCCUCGUCUGGCCAUUCUUCGCCUCCGCCCUCUGCGCCAAAAAAUCCAUCAGCUUGAUCCGAAUGCAUCGCACAUUGAGCGGUUAGUAGCAAACAUUAGCCGCAGAAAGGCGUUGCAGGAGGAUCUUUUGAAGUACAGGCAGAAGAAGAUUCUGGAAGCAACACAAAGAAGAACGAGUCUAAAGAAGUGCCGCAGAGAUCUCCGCGAAUGUAAUAUUCCGCUAGCAACCUUGCUGAGCGAAGACGGGACUCGCACGUCUUCUCGUCGUGAGAUGGAAAUCAUUACGGAGAGGUUCUACUCGAACCUUUUCCGUUCAUCAACUCCUGUGUCAAGCCCAAUCAUCCCCACUGGUGAAGCUCCACCACGGAUUCUCCCUUCGGAAGUACGAGUCGCUAUCAAGAACAUGAAACCUGGCACAGCCCCCGCACCUCAUUUUAUAUCAGCAGACUUUCUUCGGGCUGGUGGCCAUCCGCUUCAUAAAGAUGACCGAGAGGACCUUCGGAACUACCGUCCGAUAUGCUUGCUGAGCGUGUUAUACAAAGUAUUCACCAAGAUCAUCCUCACACGCAUAUCUAGGACGCUGGAUGAAGCCCAGCCUCAAGAACAAGCUGGAUUCCGCCAAGGGUUCAGUUGCUUGGACCACAUCCAGACCGUGUCGAGGGUCAUAGAGGUUUGCCGGGAAUACCGCCUGCCCCUUGUUCUAACCUUCGUCGACUAUGAGAAAGCCUUUGACAGCGUAGAAACGAAUGCAAUACUGUCAGCGCUGGUCGAUCAAGGUGUGGACGCGUCGUAUGUGAGGACAUCAGCCAAUUGCUACGAUCGAUGCAAGACUAGGAUACAGCUUUUCCACCGCCCUCUCACCAUAACCAUUGGAAAGGGGGUACGACAAGGCGAUACUAUAUCGCCGAAGCUGUUCACUGCUGCAUUGCAAUGGAUAAUGAAAUCACUAUCCUGGGAAGAAAGGGGCAUACGUGUUGAUGGAAGAUUUCUUUCGAACCUUCGUUUCGCGGACGACAUCGUUCUCUUUUCGAGCAGUACCAAUGAAGCAGAAACGAUGCUCAACGAAUUGAACGAAGCAGGGAAGAGAAUAGGACUACGAAUAAACAGAAAGAAGACACAGUUCAUGAAGAACGCCCACUGCGAGGACGGUGGAGUACAACUUGAAGGCCCCCAAAUCGUGGAAACUCCGUCAUACGUAUACCUCGGACGUUCUAUGAACAUGGAAAACGACUUGAAGGAAGAACUGAAUAGAAGAAUGAGAGCAGCAUGGGCAGCAUUCGCAGCCGUCAGGGAAGCUACGGACCAACUGACGAACCAAGAUCUUCGUGCCCAUCUGUUCGACUCGACAGUCCUUCCAGCGCUCUGUUACGCAGCGGAGACUGGGCAGACACCGCGGCCACGGCGCACACAACACCUUGCCGGUCUUCGUAGCUCCGACUUAAGAGGAAUGUCUCGUCUUUGCGACCCAGCGGAAUAUGUAUCGAAAGCAAAACAUAGAUGGGCCGGUCACAUCAUGAGAAGAAUCGACGACAGAUGGACUAAAAGAACGCUAGAGUGGAUCCUAAGGGACGCUAAACGCCCCCGAGGGGGACCGCCAACGAGAUGGGGUGACGUGUUCGCUGCACGGAUGGACCAACUAAGAGCUCAGCUGGAUACGGCUCAAAGACCUCGUCAACAUCUGGAAGAAGACAUCUACGAUUGGAUCCACACCGGUAAUGUGGGCAAACUAGAGGAACUAGUUCUUACUGGAUACGCAGACUUGUUGCUAGGAAGGAACCAUGAGGUCGAAGACGCAGACAGCAUUGGAUUUCUGGAAGUACUACCACAAUACCAGGCAAAAAUUCAAGCGAUCCAUAAAGCUGUGGAGACGGGAAAUCUACGAGCAGUAAGGCUACUAACAGAUCGCAAGAAGCUCGCGCUAUGCAGAGACUCAAGAGGACUCAGCCCUUUACAUAAGGCAAUAGUCUUCGAUCGGGCUGACAUUGCUAAAUAUCUGAUCAGAAACUAUCCACACGCUGUGAACGCUAUGGAUCAGAAGAAACGCACUCCACUACACUACGCAGCAGCAUAUCGAGAUGGUGGUUACUUGUAUAAGAUGAUGAGGAAAAGUGGUGCUGAUCCCAACAUUUACGAUUGUAACGGCCGCCCAGCUAAGUACUACCUGAAGCAUCCUGGAGAGAUCGACCUGUCCGCUAUGCGACUUGACACGAAAGCGGCGCUCAAGCAGGUCCUUCACAACCGUGUGGCACCCAGCUACCUGGAAUCGUCCAUUCAGCAAUGGCUAAGAGAUGGUCAACUCGCAAAACUUGAGCAACUUGUUCUUUCCGGCUGUGGGGAUUUGCUUCAAAACAGAAAUGGCACUAAUCCAGAGACGGUCAAAUUCCUCGAGAAUUUACCAGAGUAUAUGAGUAAAAUCGAUGGAAUCCACAAGGCAAUUAAAGAAGGCGAUCUCGAGAAAGUGAAAUCAAUAAUGACGUCAAAGAAGCUUGCCAUAGCUCGUGAUCGUUUCGGAUGCACACCGUUACAUGCAGCAGUUGUACAUGAACACACUGAGAUAGUCCGUUAUAUCGCUGGACAUUUCCCUUCCGUUCUGAACGCACCUGAUUAUAAUAAACGCACGUCUAUGCACUAUGCAGCCGCGGCUCGGGACGGUGGCCAUUACUUGAAGAUUCUUGGUAAAGCUGGCGCAGAUCCCAUGGCUGUGGAUAACGAAGGUCGCACUCCCGACUACUACAGAAGAAACGCUGUUAUCGAUCUGAAAAUGAUAAAAGAAAGAGAUGAAGAAUAUGAUCUUAUGAACGAAGAAAUGCUGGAGGAUGGACAAAUGAUAGAUAGUCCCGGUAGUGGCGAAAGUGGAUCGGAGAGCGGAUCGGUGAUCGACUCCGCCCGAGUUCAUGACGACGAUGAUGACACGGACCGCCACCGCUUUGAACGAAUGGUCCAUGGUCGCACAGAUCUACCAACCUCAGAGAAUGGAAUCUACUUGGCAAGGACGGUAGCGCCCGUUCUUACUAAAGCACUUGCGGAGGUAUUGCUACGUCGGCCGGCCGAUCCAAUUGGUUUCAUCUCGGAUUACUUGCAGAAAUAUCACAGUGAGAUCCCAUAUCGAUCUAAUGGAAAACUUAAAUGA